GACGAAGUUUUUGAAGAAAGAUUUGACGAAGUUUUCGAAGAAAUCUUCGAAGAUACAUUCACCAACAUAGUCGAGGCCCAAACCAGUCACCAAAGGAGCCGGGCUUAUAUUGAACGAAACCGUGAAGGAGGACAAGACCGCUUAUGGAAUGACUACUUCAGCGAAGAUGCGACUUUCUCGUCACAAAUAUUUAGACGCCGCUUCCGCAUGAAUAAGGACUUAUUCUUGCGUAUUGUCUAUGGGCUAUCAGAGAACUUUCCAUUCUUUCAGCAAAGAAGAGAUGCAACCGGGAGGUUAGGUCUUUCUGCACUACAAAAAUGUACGGCAGCAAUUCGUAUGCUUGCUUAUGGUUCUGCGGCUGACACGGUUGACGAAUAUCUCCGACUUGGUGAGACUACUGCACUUUCCUGUUUACAUAAUUUCACUGACGGAAUAAUACAGUUAUUCGGAGGUGAGUAUCUACGACGACCCACACCGGAGGAUCUUCAACGACUGCUCGAUAUUGGAGAAGAACGAGGGUUUCCUGGGAUGGUCGGGAGCAUUGAUUGUAUGCACUGGGAGUGGAAAAAUUGUCCGACCGCUUGGAAAGGACAAUACGCACGAGGAUCAGGAAAACCCACAAUUGUCUUAGAGGCUGUUGCUUCCCAAGAUCUUUGGAUAUGGCAUGCUUUUUUUGGUCCUCCAGGCACCUUAAAUGAUAUCAAUGUCCUCGAUCGGUCUCCUGUGUUUGAUGACAUUUUAGAAGGUCGAGCUCCAAGGGUAAGAUACAUGGUCAACGGACACAGGUAUAAGUUGGCAUACUAUCUAACAGACGGUAUAUAUCCAAAUUGGUCAACAUUUAUCCAAUCUAUCAAACUCCCUCAAUCUCCAAAACAAGAGUUAUUUGCUAAAGCUCAAGAAGCAGCCCGAAAAGAUGUGGAGCGGGCUUUUGGAGUAUUGCAAGCUCGAUUUGCGAUUGUCAAAAACCCGGUUCGUACAUUGAACAAAGAAAAGAUAGGGAAUAUUAUGAGAGCAUGUAUCAUACUACACAAUAUGAUAGUUGAAAAUGAACGAGACGGAUACAUCCGGUACGAUAUUUCUGAAUUUGAAGAAGGAGACGUCACCAGAACUUCACAGGUGGAAACCAACAGGCCUACAAAUCUGAAUAAUAUGUUUCCCAAUCGGAAUGAUCUUCGGGAUGAACAUAUUCAUGAACGGUUGAAGAAUGAUUUAAUCGAAAAUAUUUGGAAUAAAUUUGGUGAUGAAGAUUAAUAAUUAGUGUAUCUUGAUUUCUUAUAAAUUUGAUCAUGUUUUUAUUUAGAAAAUUUUCUAUCUUUAUGUAAAAUUAUUGUUUUUUCUUUAAUUGUUGUAUUUUUAUGUUUAAUUAUUCUUUUUAAUGUUUAUCUCUUAUAUUUUAUGUUAAGUUAUUCUAUUUAAUCAUCCAAUAUAUCAUAAUUAUAUUUCACUACACAAAAAAAAAAAAAUCAUUUUUUAAUUCGUAAGGAUUCCAUUUUAGGGAUCACCAUUGUACACAUAUUUUUCACAAGAGUCCUUAACUAUUCAAAAAAAAAAAAAAAAAAAAAAAAAAUAUUAAUCUAAUCCUAAGGACUCCACAAUGGGUCUCACCAUUGUGGAUGCUCUUAGGACAAACAACUCUAUCAAUAAUGAACUUUUGUAACUUAUCAUUUUGCGCAUGGCAUGAACUCGAAUUCCGGUAUAUAGUUUUCUGCUGACUUGUAUAAAUUAAAGAUUGUUGGCCGUACUAUUGUAUUUACAUAACGGUCCCAUAAAUGGCGUAUCUUUUAGGAGCAGUUUCGUUGAUAUUCAAAUAGCUUCCUAAAUAAAAACUAAUCCUUGAGUGAAGAUUAAUAGUAUAAGGCUUAGAUUUGAAGGUACAUGCCAAAUCGAAUGUAGUUAGUUCAACUCAUCUUACCAAGCGCAGACAAAUAAAUCAUUAGAUGUAAACAAAACAAUCAUAACUGUUACAUUUUUUUUUGUUUCUAAACACUUGUGUCUUGGGGGAUGUGGGUGUGGUUAGAACUAUACGCAGCGCUUUAAUUAAUUACACCAGUAUCAAAUUGACAUAAUUAAUCUGAGGUUAUAAGAGAAACUGGAGAGGAGCUGAAGUUGCUUGAGGAGAGGAUUAAGAGUUUCCAUGAGUUUCUCACAAGGAUGGUUAUGAAUGCCUUCGUAAGUAGUCACGACAACGUUUGAGUCUUCUGCUAAUCUCUGCAGUUGUUUCUCACAAGGAUGGUUUAGUCAUGAGUAAUACUAACCAUGGUAUGGUUCUUACCAAUGCUUAAGCAAAAAAAAAAAUGAAUCAGUUCUUGAAACAGACUCAAGGAUUUAAACUUGAGUUAAAUGGGUAUUAAUCAAAUUCAACAUGGAUUACAGUGAUGACUAGUUCAUGGCCGGCCAGCUUUCUUUUUCUGCAUCUCUUGCUCAUGACUUCUUUCAAACAUCACCAACUGUAUAUCUACUUUUCUUUGACAGUUAGGAUAGUUAUUUUUUUCAUUACAAAAAUUGAUGCAACUUUCAAUUAAGAAAACAUGAAAACAGGCAUUCUGAUUAAUUAUUUGUUUUACUAAGCAAAGAGAGAGAAUAAAACCAAGUCAGUUAGUUGAUUCUAAAAAGGCCGCUGUCAAUGAGGGCUUUAAUGGCAUUUUCUAUUCAGUGCUUAUCAAUUAUCAUCAUAUCAAAUUAUAAUUCACAUCUCUUUGGAGUUUACCCUCUACAUGUAUUUAUUCUUUAUGCUUUUGCAUUAGUUAAAUAACACUUUCUCCUCUAUAGAUUGCUUUCUUUUCUAAUAGCACUGCGGCUCUCUGAUCAUACAUUCUUCAACUUAUCAUUACCCUCUCACUCAUGGCUUCUUCUUCUCACCGGAUAAGGAAAUAUCAUGUGUUUCCAAGCUUCCAUGGUCCGGAUGUCCGUAGAAAGUUUCUUAGUCAUUUACAUUACCACUUUGCAAGCAAGGGAAUCACGGUGUUUAAAGACCAGGAGAUCGUAAGAGGCCAGACGAUUGGACCAGAACUCGAACAAGCAAUAAGAGAAUCUAGGAUCUCGAUGGUGGUGCUAUCAAAGAAUUACGCUUCUUCCAGCUGGUGUUUAGAUGAAUUGGUGGAAAUCUUGGAAUGCAAGGAAGCUUGUGGGCAGAUGGUGAUGACUAUUUUUUACGACGUUGAUCCAUCUGAUGUACGACAACAGAGCGGUGAUUUCGGAAGGGCUUUCGACAGAACUUGCAAAAGACAAACAGAGGAAGUGAAGCAGAUAUGGAGCAAAGCUUUAACUGAUGUCGCAGAAAUAGCCGGAGUACAUUCUCUAAGUUGGGAUGAUGAGGCUAAGAUGAUGCAGAAGAUUGUUGCAGAUGUUUCCAAGAAUCUGAAUGUCACACUGUCCAGGGAUUGUGACAAGGUUGUGGGACUUAGAUCUCACUUAAGAAAAGUGCACUCUUUGUUAUGCCUAGAAUGCGAUGAAGUGAAGAUGAUUGGAAUCUGGGGUCCUGCGGGAAUUGGUAAGACAACCAUUGCUAGAGCUUUAUAUAACCAACUCUCUAGCAGUUUUCCACUUAGGUGUUUUAUGGGGAACCUCAAGGGAAGCUACCAUAAGAGCAUAAUGGGUGUUGAUGACUAUGAUUCCAAGUUGUGUUUACAAAGCCAACUUCUGUCCAAGAUUUUUAACCAAACCGACAUGAAGGUACAUGAUUUAUGUGCAAUAAAGGAAUGGCUACAUGAUCAGAGAGUUCUUAUCAUUCUUGAUGAUGUAGAGGAGCUAGAGCAACUAGAUACCUUAGCGAAAGAAACUUCUUGGUUUGGUCCUGGAAGUCGGAUCAUCUUUACCAUGAAAGAUAAAAAUAUUUUGAAGGCACAUGGGAUCAAAGAAAUUUAUCAUGUGGAUCUUCCAUCCAAAGAAGAAGCUCUUGAGAUCUUAUGCUUAUCUGCUUUCAAACAAAGAUCUCCACGGGAAGGUUUUAAAGAGCUUUCACAUAGAAUAGCUGAGUUUUGUGGUUAUCUUCCGCUGGGUCUUUGUGUUGUGGGUUCAUCUUUACGUGGAGCAAGCAAGAACGAAUGGGGGCAUCAAUUAUAUAGGCUAGAAACCAGUAUUGAUAGAAAAAUUGGGAAUGUACUAAGAGUUGGAUAUGAAACACUGUUACAGAAAGAUCAAGAUCUUUUUCUUCACAUUGCAUGCUUCUUCUACAAUGAGAAUGUUGAUCACAUGACAACCCUACUUUCAAAAAGUAACUUGGACGUCAGAAAUGGAUUGAAGACCCUGGCUGAUAAAUCUCUUGUGAAGGUAUCUACUGAUGGGCGGAUAGUGAUGCACUGUUUACUGCAGAAAUUGGGUAGACAGAUAGUUCUUGAACAGUCUAUAGAACCUGGGAGACGUCAGUUUUUAGUAGACCCUCAAGAGAUUUGUGAUGUACUAGCAAAUGAAACUGGUACUGGAUCUGUCUUAGGUAUAUCAUUUGAUAUGUCCAAGAUCAGUGAGUUCUCUAUAAGUAGGCGAGCCUUUGCAAGAAUGCGUAAUCUCCAAUUCUUGAGAUUUUACAUAAAUAAGCCAGGCAUGCAUAAAAAAGUUAGCUUGUUAGACGACAUGGAAUAUCUACCUAGUCUAAAGUUACUAGACUGGAAUUCAUAUCCAAGAAAACGUCUUCCUCCAAAAUUCCGACCAGAGUGUCUCAUCGAGCUCCGUAUGCAAUUCAGCAAGCUCGAGAAGCUAUGGGGAGGAGUCCAGCUGCUUGUAAAUCUCAAGAAGAUAGAUUUGAGCUAUUCCUUCAAGUUGAAAGAGAUACCAAAUCUUUCGGAAACUUCAAAUCUCGAAAUACUGAGACUUGUAUUCUGUAAAAGUUUGGUGGAGCUUCCCUCCUCUAUUUCGAAUCUACACAAACUUAAAAAGUUGAUAAUGAAGGGGUGCAAAAAGCUACAAGUCAUUCCUACCAACAUCAACUUAGCAUCUCUUGAUGAAGUAGACAUGAGUAACUGCUCAAGCUUGACAAGUUUUCCAGACAUUUCUAGGAACAUCAAGCAUCUCAAUCUACGAAACACGAAGAUUAGAGAAGUUCCUCCGACAAUUGGCAGGCAUUGGUCUAGUCUUACAUGGCUUCAUAUUGGCAGCAGAAACCUCAUGACAUUAAGUUAUGUCCCUGAAAGUUUAAGGAAGCUAGACCUAAGAAACAGUCAUUUUAUCACGAUUCCAGAUUGCGUCAUUGGUCUUCCUUUUGUACAAAGUCUUAUCAUCCAAAACUGUAGAAAGCUCGUGUCACUACACGGUCUCCCCCCUUCGCUUUGGUGUCUGGAUGCAACUGAUUGCAGAUCGCUCACGAGUGUACUUCACUCUUUCGGUGAUCCGUGUGCAAGUUUUAACUACCGCAACUGUGUGAUGUUGGAGGAAGAAGCACGGAGAAGAAUCAUACAACAAUGGGAUUAUAAUUAUUUAUGCUUACCGGGUAAAGAAGUCCCUAUAAACUUCACUCACAAAGCGACUGGAAACUCCAUAGCCGUCCCUAUGAGCUCAGCAUCGUCAAGAUUCAAGGCUUGCCUUCUGCUUUCUCCAGUUAAGGGAUAUCCGCUUUUUGAUAUAACUUGUCGUCUAAGAAGCAAAGAAGGUAUACUCCUAAACGAAGUGGAGUACUGGAUUUCAGGGCUGUCUCCAAAGUUUCUGACGGAACAUCUCCUAAUAUUUUGUGGGGACUUGUUUCAAACUGACAAAUGCCAUGAAUUGGAUAUCACUACGAGUGAGAUUCUGUUUGAAUUCAGCUGUAGGGACAACGAUGACAAGAUUAUUGAGUGCGGUGUACAGAUCUUGAGGGAGGAAGGCGAGAGUAGUAGCAGCGCAAUGGAUUAGGUGCAGCUACUUUGUAUCGACAUUUUGUUGCGUCUCUGCCGUUUUAGUUAGCUAGAUUAGGUGUUGGUAUUAUACUGUUGUGUGUUGGUGAAUAAUUGACAGACUUGUAUUGCUAGUUCACUGUAUUGCUGUUUGGUUAAAAGCUUUGGUUUAACUAAAUUGAGUAUGGAGACAUGCGCUUCAAAGAGUUUAGUUAUUUCACAAUGGAUUAGUAUUCAUUCAAAGGUUGGAAUACAAAGCCUAAUCCAGAAACUGAAUGAAAAAAGCAAAAUCUCUUCAAAAUCUAAUUCUAAAGAAAAAAACUAGUUGGGUGAUGUGUUUAGCAGAUAAGUAUGUUGAUAUGAAUGAUGUUAUAUGAGUGUUGAUUGUUUAGCAUGGUGGGUGAUGUAUGUUAUAAGACUAGAAUUUUUCAUGCAAAUUGGUUAGUCGUGUUAGAAGUGAUGUGG